UGUUCAAUAAUCCUUCAUUAGCCUAUGUUUAUUGUGUAGACAUUCAAUAAGUUCAGUUAUAUAAAUAUAAGACAAAUAAGUGUUAAUAAUUUUUAAUAAGGCUAACUUUAAUUGCUAUGAUAGAGAACAGUGUAAAAAAACUAGUAAUAGAAAAACUUAAUAAAGAAUUUGGAAAUGAUAUUACAAAUUUAUCUAAGUGCAAGGAUCUUUGCAAGAAGUUAGCAGAAGAAAAAGAGAAAAUUGAAAGAGAGAUAAUAAAAGCAAGUGCUGAUCUGACUUCUCCUGAAACUAUAAAUGAAUUUAAUGAUACUUCAGUCACCGUUGAUGAAAUAACAAAACAAUUCAGUGAACUAUGUAAAGUUGUAAAGGAGAAAGACAGCUGCAACUGUGAAAGUCUUAUUGGCCAGCAAGAAAAUAUUAUCAGAAUUCAAGAGCUGGAACAGGGUUUGUCAUACUUAAGAUGCGUAAGAACCAUCCAAGAUCACAGCACCAACAUAGAAAUGUUUCUGGCGUCACGUAGUGAGUCUGAAGCAGUGACGGAGUUCAGACUGCUGAGCCAGAUGUGUGGUAGGCUUCACACCUCCUCUUGUCAUCACUUGAUCACAUUUCUUAGUGAUACAGUGCAUCAUUGGCACAAUCUGUUGAAAGACAUGUUUUCAGAGCAAUUGGACGAGGUACUCAAGAGUGCUGGUUGGCCGAUAGUGAGCAGCAACAUAUUGAUUACUCCACCCUUGGAUAUCAUGGCCAAGUUUCAAAUCAUCGUCAAACAUUUAUUGAACAUUCAACUUCCUCCAGAGCUGAGUCCUUCUCCCACUGUCACUUCAUCUCUCUUGUCCAACUUCCCUCCCAUCUCCCUGCCUAUCAAUCUGCUCAUCAGACCACUGCGCAAACGGUUCAUCUACCACUUCUGUGGGAACAAGGAGACGAACAAGCCUGAAAAAACUGAAUGGUACAUGACUCAGGUUGUGAACUGGAUCAGAGAUCAUGAGAGUUUUGUAAUGAGUUGGGUGCAGCCAGUCUACAACCAAACUCAACGGACCAAGAUGUCAGCAAAGGUAGAACUGAUGCAAGGCCUAGUACAGCUAGUGGUGGAUAAGCUACAUGGAGAUAUGCCAGUGUUGAUGACCAAUGAUGUCUGGUUCUCCCACAUGGUAGACGAGACACUGGGGUUUGACAAGCAGCUGCGGGAGUGCUACUGUUACCCAGAAACUCUCCCCUCGGCCAUCACUGUCUUGACACAGGCUCAUGUGUUCGUCAAGUGGAUACACAUGGAGAGGAAAUAUGCCAGAGACAAGAUGGAUCACAUUCUGAGCUCGGAAAACGCAUGGAAUGAAGUAACAGGCCAUGAGGAGUUGAGGAUCACUGAGGCUGCAGAAGCCUUUCUGACUCUGCUUCAGACCAUGACAGACAGAUACAGCAUCCUGCCUCAGCCUGGCCACAGGCUACAGUUUGUAGAGCUACAGCUGGAGCUGGUAGAUGAGCUACGUGUCAGACUGCUGCAGCUGUUACACUCUGAGAGACAAGACCCUCUGGAUUCUCAGCUCCCUGCCAUUCUCAACACAGCUGCAUACAUCAUUGAAGUUUUACAUGAGUGGGGGGCCAGCCCUCAAUUUCUGAUGCUACAACACUACAAGAGUCAGUUAGAGAGUGCAGGAAAGACUUUGUCCUCGCUGGAGUCUGCGACCCUCAAGCAAGGUACUUUGUUUGACAACACUCUCUCUUUGCUUCAACAUCUUGUACAAGAGCUGGUUGAUGUGUUGUGUGAAGCUGUCAUGAUGGAGGUCAAGGCUAGAAGUCGACCUUACAGGAAAGAUGUAUGGUUUGCCAUGAACUACGAGACAACUUUGACACCCAGCGCGUGCCCGAUGUUCCAAGUGCUUGUGUCCAAACUGCACUCUCUACAAUCACUGCUGGCAUCUUGUCUCUUCACACUAGCUUGGCAAUCUGUCGCCACUCAGCUCUGCACGUUUUUAUUAGAAGAGCUAGUUCUACAAAACCGCUUCAAUGAGGGAGGAGCCAAGCAACUGGAGCAAGACCUCAACAGAAGCCUGAUUCCGCUCUUUCACCAAUACACACAAAAGCCUGAAGCAUAUUUUUUACCGCUUAAAGAAGCUUGUGCACUUCUGAAUGUGCGACCGCCUCCCCCAGAGUGGAGUAAAGGCAAAUAUGACAAACCCCCAAUGGAAAUCCAUCAUUUGACUAGGGAACUGGUCCGAGAAGUGAUCCAGAGGAGAGCUGAUGUUAUUCCUGAUCUUAUAUAAACAUGUGUUAAAGCUACAAAUAAAAAAUAUUAUAUGACUGUUUGAUAAA